CUGGAGUCCCAGAAGGGUGAAUUUAGGUGUCCCAUGGUUGCAUCUAGAAGGAGGAGAAAAUUUUGUUUCAAAGUGUUAUAAACACAGAAGAAAGUUCUUCCAGUCAGAACUGUGGGACUAGUUUUGUUACCAACAAUAUGAAAGGCUCUGAGGUUAGCCCGGAAAAGAAAAAAAGGGUUAAAGUACCAGCGAGACUUCGUGAGGUAGUUUCUCCAAAUCAUGGAGACAAUUUGGCUUUGCUGAAAGAUGAGUUGCCCUGUGUUCCUCCAGCGUUGCCUGCAAAUAGACGUCUUCCUGUUAAAACGAGGACUAGCUUGAAUGGAACAUCAUGUGGUUCAUCAGACGUAACUUCUAGAAAUUAUCACCAGUCUCCAUUAGAAAAUCCUACUGGAUCAGAAAGUGAUUUUUCUAAAGACAUUGGAGUACAAGGGUUGCCUUUGGAUAAAACAGAAGAGAGCAACAGACAAAAAGCAAACGAUGUCUUUAUUUCUGAGUACACAAUGGGACAGAAAGAUGCCGUAAGAACAGUGUUAAAGCAAAAAGCUCAAAGCAUGCCUGUUGUUAAGGAGGUAAAAGUACAUCUUUUAGAAGAUGCAUGCACAGAAAAGGAUGCUGUUACCCAGGAGACUAGAACUUCACCCAGUGGAAUUGAUUCAGCUACAACUGUGGCUGCAGCAACUGCAGCUGCCAUUGCAACAGCAGCUCCACUGAUAAAAGUACAGAGUGAUUUGGAAGCAAAAGUCAAUUCUGUUACAGAAUUACUUAAUAAGUUGCAGGAGACUGAUAAACACUUACAACGUGUUACAGAGCAGCAAACAAGUGUUCAAAAUAAACAUGAGAAACUACAUUGCCAUGAUCAUGAAAAGCAAAUGAGUGUGUUUAUGGAGCAGCACAUUAGGCAUCUUGAAAAAUUACAGCAACAACAAAUAGAUAUUCAGACUCAUUUUAUUAGUGCUGCACUCAAGACCAGUAGUUUUCAGCCUGUUAGUGUGCCCCCUUCCAGAGCAGUGGAAAAAUAUUCUGUAAAACCUGAACAUCCUAAUUUUGGUAGCAGUAAUCUAUCUUCACAUAAUACAUUUGCUUCCAAACAAGCACCUUUAAGAGAAGUUGAAGAUACGGGUUUUGAUAAACAAAAAUCUCCUUUAGAGACACCGGCACCUCGCCGGUUUGCUCCUGUACCUGUUUCAAGGGAUGAUGAACUAUCAAAGAGAGAAAAUCCUAUGGAAGAAAAAGAAAAUAUGGAAAUGUCAGGUCAUAGAGGAAAUGUAAGAUUAUUGGAACAAAUUUUGAAUAACAAUGAUUCUUUGACAAGAAAAAGUGAAUUGUCUGAUAACACUUCCCUAACCGGGUCAAAAACAGGAUGGAAUCCUGAGAAAAGAGACAGCACUGAAACUGUAUCUUCUCAAAGAUUUCCUUCCCAUGAAGAGCUAGGAACAGCUAAAGUGACUAUGCAGAAGUCCCAUGAUGUUCUUCAUGAUCUUGGCCAAAAGAAGAAAGAAACAAAUGGCAUGGUUCAGAAUCAUGUUAAGCUUCAGACAGCUCAUACGACAAGAUCUGUGUUGAAAGAUGCUGAGAAGAUUCUGAGAAGAGUACAAAACAAUAAAAAAGUACUUGAAGAAAACCUGGAAGCUAUUAUUCGUGCAAAGGAUGGAGCUGCAAUGUACUCAUUUAUCAAUGCUUUAUCUACCAACAGAGAGAUGUCAGAGAAGAUUAGGAUCAGAAAGACAGUAGAUGAGUGGAUUAAAACUAUCUCUGCAGAAAUUCAGGAUGAACUGUCAAGAAAAGAUUAUGAACAAAAGAGAUUUGAUCAGAAGAAUCAAAGGACCAAGAAAACUCAAAAUAUGAGUAAAGACCUUAAAACAAACACACAAGACAAAACUGUAAAGAAAUCUGUAAUUCCAGGAAAAUGUUCUCAAAAACAAAUAGAAGAGCAUUCUAGAAAUCUACCUGUGAGGAGCAUGCCUGCUUCAAGUUUACAGAAAGGGAAAAGAGAGGGGCUUUUGAAAGCAACCACGGUGAUACAAGAUGAAGAUUAUAUGUUACAAGUUUAUGGAAAACCAGUUUAUCAGGGUCACCGCAGCACUCUUAAAAAAGGACCAUAUCUCAGAUUUAAUUCUCCAUCUCCUAAAUGCAAACCACUGAGACCAAAAGUAAUAGAGCAAGUUAAAGGCACUAAACUAAAGUCAAUAAGAACACAAACUGACUUUUAUGCAGCAAAACCUAUGAAGAUGGAUUCUAAAAUGAAGCAUUCCAUUACUACACUACCUCAUGGCGAUCAGCAGUAUUUGUUCAGCCCGAGCAGAGAAAUGCCUACCUUCUCAGGCACACUAGAAGGUCAUCUAAUUCCUAUGGCAAUUCUCUUAGGACAAACCCAGAGUAAUAGUGAUUCCAUGCCGCCUGCUGGAGUAAUUGUAAAUAAGCCACACCCUGUAACUGUGACUACUUCUAUUCCUCCAUCAUCUCGAAAAAUAGAAAGUGGAGUAAAGAAACCUAACAUAGCAGUUGUAGAAAUGAAGUCAGAAAAAAGGGAUCCUCCUCAACUUACUGUACAGGUAUUGCCCAGUGUAGAUAUUGACAGCAUUUCAAAUGGAAGUGCUGAUGUCAGCCUACCUCUGCCUAGUCCCAAAGAAGCAUCUCUUCCUCCUCUGCAAACCUGGAUACAGGCUCCAGAAAUUAUGAAGAUAGAUGAAGAAGAGGUAAAGUUUCCAGGAACUAACUUUGAUGAAGUAAUUGAUGUCGUACAGGAAGAAGAAAAAUGUGAUGAAAUUCCAGACUCUGAAUCAAUCAUGGAGUUUAACAGAAGUGUUAAAGUUGUUUCUACAAAAUAUAAUGGUCCUCCAUUUCCGCCAGUUGCUUCUACUUUUCAACCCACUGCUGAUAUUCUGGAUAAAGUAAUUGAGAGAAAAGAAACAUUGGAAAAUAGCUUAAUUCAGUGGGUAGAACAAGAAAUAAUGUCAAGAAUUAUCUCUGGCCUCUUCCCAAUCCAGCAACAAGCCACACCUAAUGUUAGUGUUUCAGUCAGUGAGGCAAGUGAACCACUGACUUCUGAUAUUGUGGAAGGAACAAGCGGUGGUGCCCUCCAGCUUUUUGUUGAUGCUGGGGUUCCUGUGAAUUCAGACAUGAUUAGUCAUUUUGUGAAUGAAGCUCUUGCUGAGACCAUUUCUGUCAUGCUGGGUGACAGAGAAGCAAAGAAGCAAGAUCCUGUUGCUACAAGUGUUGCUGGGGAUGUUUCAGCAAAUGAAACAUACUUGCCGGCAAGAGUGUGUACCCCAGUGGCUACCCCACAGCCUACACCUCCUCACUCACCUUCAUCACUUCCUAAGGAGCGUGUGCUGGUAAAAACUCCAGAUUCUUCUCCCUGUGAUUCAGAUCAUGAUGUGGCUUUUCCUACAAAAGAAAUAUUUGCUGAAAAAGGAAAUGAUAUGCCUGCUAUCACACUUAUUACUACUCCAGCAGUUAGCCCUGCUGCUACACCGCCUCCAGCAGCAGCUCUGACUCCAACUUUGUCAGAAAUUUCCAUUGAUAAAUUGAAAGUCUCAAGCCCAGAGCUUCCCAAGCCAUGGGAUGAUGGAGACCUGCCACUGGAAGAAGAGAACCCUAACCCUCUUCAAGAAGAACUUCUUCACCCAACAGCUAUUGUGAUGUCUGUGGCUAAGGAUGAAGAACCUGACAGUGUUCUAGAUUUCCCUGCUCAGCCUGCACCUCAAGAGCCAUUUCCCUUGAUGGUAUUUCCUGCCAGCACCAAGGCCCCUUCGCCCCCACAGAUGCCAAAUUCUGAUUCAUCAACACUGGAGAGCACCUUGAGUGUUACUGUCACUGAAACAGAAACUUUAGAUAGACCCAUCUCUGAAGGAGAGAUUUUAUUUAGCUGUGGUCAAAAACUGGCUCCCAAGAUUUUAGGAGAUGAAGGACUAUAUCUGACAAACCUAAAUGAUAGUUUAUCCAGCACUCUGCAUGAUAUUCUUGAAAUGGAAGACGAUUCUCCCAGUGAAGGACAAGUGAUUAGGAUGCCCCAUAAAAUAUCUCAUGCAGAUGCAAUUCUUUCUCUUCUUGCUAAACAAAACCAGGAAUCAUUAAUUGUACAGCAGGCAGUCUAUCAUUCAGAGGACUUGGAAAACAGCGUGGGUGAACUUAGUGAAGGACAAAGGCCCAGGCUGACAGCAGCCACAGAGAACAUCUCACUGGGACUUUCUUUCUGUGGGCAGCAGCCUGUUGCUAAUGCACAGACUUUGAAUCAACAGUGUGAUUCUAAGCCAUUAUCUCAGCAAUUUGAUACAGUUUCAGGUGGUAUUGAUGAAGAUUCAUGUGCUAGUCAUGGUCCAAUGAGUUUGGGAGAAUUGGAAUUGCAGCCAAAUUCUAACUUUGUUCUUCCCACAACACUUCUGCCAGCACAAGAAAAUGAUGUUAAUUUACCAGUAGCCGCUGAAGAUUUUUCUCAGUACCAACAAAAGCAAGAGCAGGAUAUUAAGCAAGUUGAACACAAACCGGCACAAAGUCGUUUAAUACAUGUAAGAAGUAAAUCUGAUAUUUCACCUUCACAGCAACAAGCUUCACCAGGUGAUAUGGAUCGGACACAAAUUGAGCCCAAUCUGUACCUCGCAUCUGUAUUUACAGGUGGUAAAGCAGUACCGCUCUUAACUUCGCAGACGACACCUGCCAAGAUGUCCGUGACGCUGCCCUCAGUGAACCUGGAAGAUUUGUCUCAGUCUCAAAGCAUCAGCACGAUACAGGGGGACAUGGAGUCCUCGGGAACAGAUACCUUCUGAACGGGAAGUGAGAACCAGCAUGAUGUUUAUGCCACUAGUUUUGAAGUCGUUUUAUUAAUACUUUGGCUUAAAACCAUCUCUCAGACUAUUUUGGUCUUUAAGCACAUCUGAAAAGCCAUUUCCAAUUUUUUUAUUAAAAUGAAAAGCAUAAUUGGGGUAUUUAGGUAAAGUUUUUAAAUAAAAUAAAUAUAAAUCA